AUGGAGAAAAGCCAGCGACUGGCCGCUGCUGUCAUUUGUGUCAUUAUCCUGACAAUCAUGAGAGUCUUUUUCACGAUAUUAUUCUUCAUUUCCAGUGUCAUUUGUAUUUUACAUGCAGAGAGCCGCGUUGAACGGUGCGAUGGUCAUCUUACCCUCUCUCAAAAAGCAGUUGACAGUCUCAACACAACUAGCACCUUUGUGGAGACUGCUGUGUCCUCAUUUCUCAUUUUUCUCAUCUUUCGAUGGAAGCCGUUUAACUUCAGGAACUUUCUCAAGGCUCUUCCAAGACAAGGACACUUUUGGAUGUGGGUUGCUCUGUGGAUUGCGCGAAUUUUCACAAACGUUCUAAUAGGAAUUAUCCCAGGCAUUCAGGAGAGCUACUCGGUUCUCAUCGUCCUUGGUUUUUCGUUGCCAUUAGAAUUCGCUUUGACAACAGUUUUCGCUUGUGCGCUGGCAUUUGUAGGUUUUGACAAUGUAAAAGCUUGGCUGUAUCAACACUUUCCCACUAAAGCCGCACGCAAGUUGACAUACUUGUACAGAACAAUUUUGUUUACAUAUGGCCUUCGAAUGCUUGCUUUAUUCCUGUACGACUCGUUUCUGGUAGCAAGGCAUAUCACCCGCCAAAGUGAGUACCGGGAGCUUGACAGCAUUCUUUUAGCUUUGGAUGUAUUCUAUAGAGGGAGUUUGUGCGUCUUCUUCUUCCAGAAGUUUUUUGAGUUCCCCAUACCGGAUGUCUUACAAAAAACUUUCGAAAUUAAGAGGCCUGAGGAAACGGAUGAGCAGUUUAGCAAAUGUAAUGAAAGUCUUCGCUCGGGGUCCCCGGAAAAAUUGGAGGACCGAGAGCUGGAAGAAAAAGAAAAUGACUGUAUGUUCGGUGGAUCAGAUGUACUCUCGCGGAAAAAAGAUAAAGAGGUAGAGCAUAUGGAGUGA